AUGCUACUCUCAGCAGCAAUAGCCCAUGUGAUCAAAGGUAUUUCUUCUGCAUUAAACAUGACAAUUCCCUCACACACAGUCAAUGGCAUUGAAGGACAGCCACUUAGACUUGAGGUUGCUUAUAAUUUCAACUUCACCUUUUCUGAAAUCCAGAUCAUAUGGCUCUUUGAAAAACCACCAACAAACCCUAAAUAUCUGCUUACUUCGGUCAAUCGAUCGGUUGUUCCAGACUUAGAAUAUAGACACAAAUUUACACUUUCACCUCCAAAUGCAUCUUUGCUGAUAAAUUCUUUACACAGAAGUGAUGAAGGAAAUUAUAUUGUAAAAAUCAAUAUCCGUGGCAAUGGGACAAAAUCAGCAAUUGAGAAGAUUCGGGUUACUGUUAAUGUGCCUGUCACUAAGCCUGUCAUAUACAUGGAACCCUCAUUUGGAGUUGUAGGAAAAAAAGGAAACAUCACUUUGAAAUGUGUGGUGGAAAAAGGCACGAGAGUGGUUUACCAGUGGAUGAAAAAUGAAAAUCCAAUUGAAGACAGCAGCAAUGGCUCCAUGACUAUAAACAAAGAUACACUUUCCAUUGCCCCGGUUCUUAAAGAAGCUAUUGGAAAUUACAGCUGUUUAGUAACCAACCCUGUCAGUGCCAUGAUGAGUGAUAUGAUCACGCCAACAAUAUAUUAUGGACCCUAUGGACUUACCAUAAAUAAUGCCAAAGGCCAGAAAGUAGGGAAAGUGUUUACGCUUGAUAAAGGUGAUGCUAUUCAGCUGUACUGCAAAGCAGAUUCCAAUCCACCAAAUAUUUAUUCAUGGAUCCUGAAGGCAAACAACUCCAUACAUCCAGUACAAUAUGGAGAAUUUCUAGAAAUUGCAUCUGAGGAGGUGACACAGAGAACAGAAUACAUAUGCACUGCUUAUAACAACAUGACUGAAACCCAUGUUGAAACCCACAUCCUGGUGAUAGUAAUACCAAAAGGACUGGAUCAGAAAUGGAAAUAUUUAUCACCUCUAGCAAUAAUAACUGGAAUUUCAUUAUUUUUGAUAGUAUCAAUAUGUAUUUUCGCAAUAUGGAAACGAUUUCAGCCACAUAAAGUAAUACAGCAGAAAUUGAACAGGACUAACGCACGAUACCGAAGAGGACAAACUGUUUCAGGACAUGAAAGGGCAACGAGAGAUUUUGGAGUAUAUGAAUUUAUUACACUUCCAGAUACUGCAGAAAUCCCACCGGUACCAAGACGGCGUGUUAUUGACUCUGAUGUUACUGACUCUAAUGUUGUGCAAAGUCAAGAUAUUAAUGUUGCAGUUUAUGAAGAUGUUCAGCCUGCUCCUGAACUAAAUGAAGAACAACAAGAGUAA